UGUCAAGAGCACGGCAAAAACCUGCUGCGCGCCUCCGUAGUCACCUUAACCAGCAUCGUCCGUGAAAAGUUAAGCUCAAAUGGUUCAAAUGGCUCUGAGCACUAUGGGACUUAACUAACCUAAGGACAUUACACACAUCCAUGCCCGAGGCAAGAUUCGAACCUGUGACCGUAGCGGUAGCGCGGUUCCAGACUGAAGCUUCUAGAACCGCUCGGCAACACCGACCAGCAUCAGUUAAGCUUUGAUCCGUCUACUUCAGCUACACUGGGUCAUUUCGAUGCCGCCGCGGGUGACGUUGCUGGUGGUGGCGCUGGCGGCGCUGUGCCGUGCGGCGCCCUCUCCCUCGCCGUCGCCGUCGCCGUCGCCGUCGCUGGGCCACCACGGGCUGCCGCUGUCGGCGUGGGCGGGCCCCGUGCUGGCGGGCUUCCCCGUGUCCGUGGCGCUGCCGCUGUACGGCGGGCUGGAGGGCGCGCUGGCGGCGCAGACGCGCCACGCCUUCCUGGCCGCCCCCGGCGCGCUGCUGGCCAGAGCUGCGCUGCCCGCCGCCGCCGCCUACGGCUACCCGCUGACCGCCUACACCGCCCCCGCCGCCUACAGCCUACCCACCGCGUCCGAGAUCUACACCCCGCACGUGCAAGCCGUGCACACUGUGCAGGCUCUUCCUGUCACACACACUGUGCACACUAUUCCUGUGGGGACUGCCCUCGAGUACGGCGUUCCUCUUCCCGCAGAAGCCGCCACAGAGAAGACAAAGCCAGCUGUUGCUGUUACGGAAGAAACACCUACGGAGACCCUUGCGCCUGAAACUGACAAGACUGGAGAGACGAGCCAGGUGGGGGGACAGGCUGUGGGAAUCGACCUGGCCUCCACGGGCGGAGCGAGCGCCGAAGGAGAAACCAGCGGCUUCAGCGCGGGCGGCAGUGCGGGGCAGGUGGGCGGUGUCGAGAUCUCCGGGGCAGUGACUGAGGCCGCAGUCACGGAGUCAGCCGUGGUCGAGAGCUCGUCUGCCGCUCCUGUGGUCGAGACCGCGGUUACACCCAAUGGAGGAUACAAGCUCUCCAUCGCGUACGGUGUCCCCAGGGCACCCACAAUCUCUGAAAAUCUCGAUAACAGGGAUACUCACGUUAACAACCAGUCUGAAAAUAACAAGAUCACCAAGUCUGGACCAAAGAUACAGUCACUGGACGAUCUCAUCUCCGAGACAUUUACUAGUACUGCCCAAUCAGGUUCCCUGAGCAGUUCUCUCAGUGGGUCCAGAACUGGUACUUUAGACUUUGUAGACGUGUCGAGCGAUGCUAGGUCACUGGCUGCGUCGGGUGGGCUGGAUUGUACUGGUAAAGGAUGUGGUACAUCAGAUUUUCAAAAGUUCAACAAUGUUGGCGUUACCUCAAAUUCUGGGGCAUUCAGGCUGUCCCUCGGUGGUGGCAAAAACGACGCUUUCUCUAAAGCGGUUGAAGAUGCGUCCUUAGGCCAGGAGACAGUCCAGUUUCAAAACUCUGCAGCCGUGCCCAAUAGAGCGGCCACACAACAUUAUUACUAUGACCUUCCUCACCUAGCUGGAGGGGGUGCCUCUGGUGCAUCCGGAGGGGGCGGUGCGAACUUUGGAUCUAGUCAGGCUUCUGGUUCUUCCCAAUCUUUCGCUUCUGGCGGCUUCAGGUCUGAGCAGGAUAGUGGUGACAGUGCUCUCUUCGGAUCUGGUCCAACCUCUGCUUCAUCUUCAGGGAUUUCUUCUGGCGGCUUUGCUUCCCCACUGACGUCUGAGUCGCUACCAAACUAUCCCGAUAGUGUCCCAAUACCGCCAUAUCCUAAAACGUACAGCGCUCCAGUCCCGCCGUAUCCCAAACUGUACAGUUCUCCAGUGCCACCAUACCCUAACACUACGCCAGCACCACCCUACCCCAACGCAUACUCUCCUCCAGUAUAUUCUCCACCUACCUACAGCCCUCCAGGUGGCAACACUAACGGAUUCGCACCCUCGAAGCCAGACUUUGGCUUUGGUUCGCAGAGAGGUGCAGCCGAUACCGGUGUGUUUAGGCCAAGCCAUGGCGCGCAUCCACCAGUAGCUGGAGACCAGGACGGUGUGUACCCACCUUCGAAGCCUCCAGCUCCAGCCUAUGGGCUUCCUCAGCCGCCGCCACCAGCUCCCAUCGAUUCUUACGGCCUUCCUGCUAGAGACCUUUACGACAUCAGGAGUGGUGCAAACGCUUCUUCUAGACCGAGCAAUAAGAGGCGAUCCCUGAACAAUAAGCGGCGAUUCGUUUGAUAUCUAUUUCGUAACUAAUAUUUAACUUAUAUCAAUCUAAGCAUAGUUUCGUUUGUGUUUAGCUAACUGGAUUCAGUAACAACCUGUACAACAGAAGACGACUGUGGCAACACUGGAACUUCAUCUAUCUUCACUGAGUAGUGCACUGGUAAUCACGGUAAUCCGUUCAUGGCACCCUGAGACAAAUUGAAUUCGUACAUGUCACUCUGUCCGGUGAUCACCUGAAGUCAUCUAAAUCAGUUUAAUUCUAGGGAACACAUCAAGCUUCUCUCUUCUACAACGAAACCUUGAUGCUACCGAGCUUUUGAUGUUUGGAAAAUCUCUUCCUUCAGAUGUCAGUGCGACUAACAUCCAUGAGCGUAUCUUUCAUUUUUAUUUCCAUAAGUCUCCGCUUCACUAAUAGUCAUCAUCAGCAAUGUCACCACACAACAGCAACCGUCUACAUAAAUAUUUUCAACUGAAUUUGGUUCGAAUUUACACUUGAAACUAAUAAUUUAUACGGUUCCUUUGAUAUAGUGACACAUUUCAAAGGGUGUAGAUUUAUAUGUUUCUAACGCUUGGUAUACGAAAUAAAUUAAACUCAAUGUCAAAAUGCCUUAUUUGUACGCAGAGAAAUUAUAGAAGUUUUCGACUGUUACAUAUUGUCUCAAAAUUGGAGUAGCUAUACCAAGUGCACCAGAUAGGCCGUUUUUCCUGUGAGGUCACCACUUAAACCUCCUCAACGAGAACGGAAUCGUUUAUAACUCUUACUAAGUGCUAUGUUUAAAAAAAAUGUCCUCUACGCUCUUAUCAAAUACUAAUCUCCAUUUUCGAGAACAUAUGCUCGAAUAAUGUGUAGAGAGGUAACAAAGUAACUGACAACCGAUUCGGUACAGUAAAUUAGUCAUUAAUUUUCGAAAGCUGGUGUCGGACUCAGUAAUUGAUUUUCCGCAUAAAUUUAGCAACUGUGUCAGAACAAUGAACGUUGUGAAUUACCUGUUCAAGAAGUAUGGAGAAAAAAAUAUGUAACAAGAGCAACCAACAAUGUAAAAAGAUCUAGGAAUUUACACUUGACUUGAACUCAUGUCAUACUUAAAUUGAUAGUGUUGUUUUACCCCCAUCUGCGUCUCAUUAGUAGAUACUUAAAGACCAUAUGUUGACGUGACGUUCAUUUAUAAAGAAAAGUAAAAAAUACACAACAGAUAUAAGUUUGCAGGCUUUCACAACCAAUGUCAUUUUGGAUAAAAUAAUUUUGGGCACUGGGCCACGUAACUGUUAACUGUAAAUUGUCAAUGAUGCGGCCCAAUGCCAAAAAUUAUUUUACACAAACUAUAGUUGUUACUACCGUAUUAAUUUUCCGAUUCAAUCGAAGAGAUUUACAUUAUUGUCCUGUAAUUGUCGACAUGUUAAAUACACAUGAAAACAAAUGCUGUGAAGGAAUGUUGUACGCUUUCACUAUGACGAUAUCAUCCAUAUUUCAUCAAUUCAGAACAGCUCUUUCACGUUAUUGUAGAGAGUUUGUUUUUUAAGAAUGUAUAUAAUUUCAUUUAAGCACAUGCAUUGUUGUAUGAAUACAUUUGCUAAAAAAUGUGAAAUAUAAUAAAGAAAUAAUUGAAUUUGA